UCCCUGCUGCCGCCGCGCGUCCUCCUCCGGAGCAGGGAGCGGGCGCAUGAUGGCGGCAGCUGCAGCGGCGGCCGGGAGCGCCAGCGGCGGCGGCAGCAGCGGCGGUGGAGGCGGCGGUAGCAGUAGCAGCGACACAUCCAGCACCGGCGAGGAGGAGCGAAUGCGGCGCCUCUUCCAGACUUGCGAUGGGGACGGGGACGGAUACAUCAGCAGAAAUGACUUGCUGAUGGUCUGUCGCCAGUUGAAUAUGGAAGAGUCCGUGGCGGAGAUCAUGAACCAACUGGGUGCAGAUGAAAAUGGCAAGAUCUCCUUUCAGGAUUUUACACGGUGUCGCAUGCAGCUGGUUCGAGAAAUUAGGAAGGAAGAAGUAGACCUUUCUGUGAAAUCAGACAAUUCCUGUACAAAGAAGAAGCUGAGGGAUAGAAUUGCUUCCUGGCCCACAAGCAGUGACAACAGUUUGGGUGCCUUAUCAGCAGCCAGGGAGAGCUGGGAAUAUGAUUCUGGUGCCAGGGACCUCCAGAGCCCAGACUUGCAGAGUCAGUCGGCCCUACAGAAGCUGCUCGAAUACGGCAGAAGCUCUUUGCAUCAGCAGACUGCUCUCCACAAAUCGUUGACACAGUCCCCUCAUUUUGGCAACUCUGUAGGAGGAAGCUAUCUGGAGCUGGCCAACACGCUCCAUUUGGCAGCCCUGGCAUCACUCAAGGGAGAUAUAGUGGAGCUUAAUAAACGUCUGCAGCAAACGGAGCGCGAACGGGAUCUUCUAGAAAAGAAAUUGGCCAAGGCACAGUGUGAGCAGUCGCACCUCAUGAGAGAGCAUGAGGAUGUCCAGGAGCGAACGACGCUUCGGUAUGAGGAACGCAUCACGGAACUCCACAGCAUCAUUGCUGAGCUCAAUAAGAAGAUAGACCGCUUGCAAGGCACCACCAUCAGGGAGGAAGAUGAAUACUCGGAACUGCGAUCUGAACUCAGCCAGAGUCAACACGAGGUCAACGAGGACUCUAGAAGCAUGGACCAAGACCAGACCUCUGUCUCCAUCCCUGAAAACCAGUCCACCAUGGUCACUGCUGACAUGGAUAACUGCAGUGACCUAAACUCAGAACUGCAGAGGGUGCUGACGGGGCUGGAGAGCGUUGUCUGCGGCAGGAAGAAGAGCAGCUGCAGCCUCUCGGUGGCUGAGGUGGACAGGCACAUCGAGCAGCUUACCACCGCCAGCGAGCACUGCGACUUGGCUAUUAAGACAGUUGAAGAGAUCGAAGGGGUGCUUGGCCGGGACCUGUACCCCAACCUGGCUGAAGAGCGGAUCCGGUGGGAGAAGGAGCUGGCUGGGCUGAGGGAAGAGAACGAGAGCCUAACUGCUAUGCUGUGCAGCAAAGAGGAGGAACUCAACCGGACCAAGGCCACCAUGAACGCCAUCCGGGAAGAGCGCGACCGGCUCCGGAGGAGGGUUCGAGAGCUUCAGACUAGACUGCAGAGUGUUCAGGCUGCAGGUCCCUCCAGCCCUGGCCGCCUCACGUCUGCCAACCGCCCAAUUAACCCUAGCACCGGAGAGCUGAGCACCAGCAGCAGCAGCAAUGACAUUCCAAUCGCCAAGAUUGCAGAGAGGGUGAAGCUGUCAAAGACAAGAUCUGAGUCCUCGUCGUCGGAUCGGCCAGUGCUGGGCUCAGAAAUCAGCAGCAUAGGGGUAUCGAGCAGCGUGGCGGAACACCUGGCCCACUCGCUUCAGGACUGCUCCAACAUCCAAGAGAUUUUCCAGACGCUGUACUCCCAUGGAUCUGCCAUCUCUGAAAGCAAGAUUAGAGAGUUUGAGGUGGAGACAGAACGGCUAAAUAGCCGAAUUGAACACCUCAAAUCCCAGAAUGAUCUUCUGACCAUAACCCUGGAGGAGUGCAAAAGCAACGCGGAGAGGAUGAGCAUGCUGGUGGGGAAGUACGAGUCCAACGCCACGGCGCUGAGGCUGGCCUUGCAGUACAGUGAGCAGUGCAUAGAAGCCUAUGAACUCCUCCUGGCAUUGGCUGAGAGUGAGCAGAGCCUCAUCCUGGGGCAGUUCCGAGCAGCUGGCGUGGGCUCCUCCCCCGGCGACCAGUCGGGGGAUGAAAACAUCACUCAGAUGCUCAAACGAGCCCAUGACUGCAGGAAAACGGCCGAGAACGCCGCCAAGGCCCUGCUCAUGAAGCUGGACGGCAGCUGCGGGGGAGCCUUCGCUGUGGCCGGCUGCAGCGUGCAGCCCUGGGAGAGCCUGUCAUCCAACAGCCACACCAGCACAACGAGCUCCACAGCCAGCAGCUGCGACACCGAGUUCACAAAAGAAGAUGAGCAAAGGCUGAAGGAUUAUAUCCAGCAGCUCAAGAAUGACAGAGCUGCGGUCAAGCUGACCAUGUUAGAGCUGGAGAGUAUCCACAUCGAUCCGCUCAGCUAUGACGUCAAGCCCCGGGGGGACAGCCAGAGGCUGGACCUGGAGAAUGCGGUGCUGAUGCAGGAGCUGAUGGCCAUGAAGGAGGAGAUGGCUGAGCUGAAGGCACAACUGUACCUACUGGAGAAAGAGAAGAAGGCCCUGGAGCUGAAGCUGAGCACGCGCGAGGCACAGGAGCAGGCCUACCUGGUGCACAUUGAGCACCUCAAAUCCGAGGUGGAGGAGCAGAAGGAACAGCGGAUGCGGUCCCUCAGCUCCACCAGCAGCAGCAGCAAGGACAAGCCCAGCAAGGAAUGUGCUGAUGCUGCCUCCCCAGCUCUGUCACUGGCUGAACUAAGGACAACAUGCAGUGAGAGCGAGCUGGCUGCAGAGUUCGCCAACGCCAUCCGUCGAGAAAAGAAGUUGAAGGCCAGAGUUCAAGAGCUGGUGAGUGCCUUGGAAAGACUCACAAAGAGCAGCGAAAUUCGACAUCAGCAGUCAGCAGAGUUUGUUAAUGACUUAAAGCGGGCCAACAGCAACCUGGUAGCUGCCUAUGAGAAAGCAAAGAAGAAGCACCAAAACAAACUGAAGAAGUUGGAGUCUCAGAUGAUGGCCAUGGUGGAGAGGCAUGAGACCCAAGUGAGGAUGCUCAAGCAAAGAAUAGCUCUGCUAGAGGAGGAGAACUCCAGGCCACACACCAAUGAAACUUCACUUUAAUGAGCACUCAGGCACCAAAGUUCUGGCCCCUGGGGGCAAAACUCUAGCAGGCUACUGAACCUGCUGGGAGGAGCAAAGGGAAGGUUGGCAGUUAGAUCAGCCCUUGGACAAUGGAGUGCCUCGUACUCAGUCCCUGGGGUGAGUGGCCUUGCUGACAUGAAGACUGUAUCCACAGGAUCCUGCUCUUCCUCUUGGGGUCACGGACAGUAUAUAAACACAGGCUCUGUGCACUGUGCCCAGCAGGGUCUUACUUCUACUUUCAGCACUCACUUUCUCACUCCCGCACCUUUUCUGUCCAUCAGUAAGAUCCCAAGCAGUUGUUUUUAUAAGGUUUUCCUAUCAUUUUUUUUUUUUUGUAGACAGUGGACUUGCUUAUAUUCUGGCACCCCAGAUUUCUCCUUUCCUCCUUCAGGGGAAAUCUUGAUGUAGUCUGUAUGUCUCCAACAUCUAAAAGGAUUGCUGAUUAGCUUACCACAACAAAGCUUUGGUGUUCAGGUCCCAUGUUAAAGGUCUCACAGAGGUGUCUCUGGGAGUUAACAGGCCACAUAGGUGUCACAGUCUCAGAUACACUGGAGAACAAAACCAAGGCUGUGCCUGAACAUUCUGUAUUAGAAGAAUUAAAAAACAUUUUACCUUUUAGUUACAGAGGCAGGACUGGAAAAUAUUCUGGGGUUUUUCCUCCCAGUGGGCCCUUAAUAGCUAAGGCGUAAGGGUUGGGAAUCACGGACACAUGUAGUAGAACUAAAAUUUUUAUCAGGUUUCUUCAAGAGUAGAGAAGUGGUAUUAGAACUUCUUCCCCCAGCUGCAGGGUACUACAUAAUUGCUGUUCUCCUGAAUCAAAACUCACCCACACGAACACAUUUGUAGCUCUAGACCAAGGCUGUGCAUUGUCAGGCACCAAGAAGAUACUGAAUGUUUUGCAAAACUAUCUAAGAGAGUGCCAGUGAACUCCCAAUUCAACAAGUCCUGAUGUCAUGACAGAGAUGAGGUGAGGACUGGUUGGUAGGUUCCACCUCCCCCACAACCCAAAAUACAUGACAAUGACUAGCACAUUAAGUCCUCCAACUUAAAUUCAUCAUCCCUUUUCAACUGUAGCCUUCACUAUUUUACCCCUUCUGUUUUUCAGUUCCACACCAAUAAUUAAAGGAUGAUUGCCUUUUUUUCCCUCCUCUGCAGCCCUGGAGACUAUACCAAGACCUCUGUGAUAAAUGGGCUCCAAUGCCAGUUAACUACAAAUUAAAGUUUUUGUGCUUUAUGAUCAAGCUACCACAGUAGAAUCCUCCGUAUCCAUGAGCUUCGGGUGGGUGUAUUUUUGGGGAACAUGAUUCAAGUUCUUAGGCUUUCUCUGCAAUGGGAAAGUCACUACUUAGGAGGACAGUCAUUUCUACCCUAAAAGUAACAACUAUGCUCAUUGAGGGGAAAUCCCCCAUCAACUGGUAUGAGUCUGGAUCAGCUUUUGGGUGAUCACUGUUUCUAUCUAUCCCUGAUUCAGUCAAGGUUUGCUCCUCUGAUUAAAAAAAUAUAUAUUUUCAUUCUUUGGACAAAGUUACAUUUUGUCAUGAGGAAAAUGUUCUGGCUGAAAAGUGUAUGCAAAAAAACCCAUACACUUUAUACAUGAAAUAAGUUUAUCAUUUUUCCAACUUGCUAGGCAAUGUCCUACACUGAGUGAACUGAGAUGUGCAUGGCUUUCUUUCAACACUGAAAAAUACAUACAGACCAGCAAUAACAUCCUGCCCACUGACCUCUGCCUCCAUUCCCCCUCCAGCUAAAAUCAGAGAACUUACCCCUUUAGGCCCUGUAAUUCCUCCACACAGGAGAGGCCUAAAGGGGUAAGCACUUCUGUUAUGGUCUCCAUUAGUAUCCCACUUAGCCUAAGUUUAUGCUUCAACAAUACUUUUAAAUAUGGGAUGACUGGGUGAACUUCCCGGGCAAAACUAUCAACUUUUACAGACAUGCAGAAUAAAGAGAUAAUAAAUUGAUAUCCUUUCAGUAUAUUUUUCAAAUACUCCCCUACGACAAUCUUUGUUGAAGGUAAAGUAUCAGGCAUUUGGUUAUGCUGAUUUUGAGAGCUACUGGACACCACUGAUUAAAUGAGAACAGGCAUCUGGGUAAUUUUCCUUUUUGUAUUAUCUGGCUAUACCUGAAUUUUUCUCUAAAUAGGAGGUGGUUUACAUUAACAUCUCCAUUUAGGGUAAACAAUGACAUUGAUUUUGAGGUUAACCUUCAGAAUUUCAUAUUUUGUUUUCUCCAGUGGCACUCAACCUCUAUUCAAAGUUCAGUCUGGCUUGGCAAAAUGGGAAUAGAGCAAAAGGAACCAUUUGACGGUUUCCUUGGCAUAUAUUUGCCAUUGUUAAAUGAGGCAAAUAAAAUCACUAGGGCAGAAUUCAGAAGUGAGACCUCAGUCCACAACUUAUCAUAUGUGAGCCUACCAGCUGGAUCUGAUAUUCUACCCAAGCCUGGGUAUAUUAGCUGCCAAUACUGUCUUGUACUUGUAGGCAGUAAGAAAGAUUCCUUUUUGAGACAUUUAUGGUUAAAAACACAGUGUGAUGAGACAGUUGAGAUGAACCUAUCAUGCUGUCCCUGUCUCUCAUGAGUUAGGCCCAUAUAUGCACUAGAUGUUUCAUCAUUGCCAAUGGAAGUAAUUAGUGUUUCAUAUUCACUUGUACCGGCUAGCAUGUCAAGUUUCUGGAGUUAUUUCCAUGCUGCCUGAAAGUGGAAUGUUAGGCUAAUAAAAAUUAAGUGCCAGUUAAACAUAAGUGCUUAAUUCUCCUUUCAGAUACACGUACCUAUACUAAGUCUUCCUCUGGGCCUGCAGCAAUAUUUUACAGGGAUCUCGGAGAACUCUAAAUUAGAGCCUUGACAUAAGUUGCAGCCUAAAGGCUUUUUCCUUAAAGCUGUUAAGAGUGGUAAGACAAUCCUCAUCCUAAGGAAAACUUGAAACUAUCUGAAAGUCUUCUACUUCCUAGCUGCCUAUGGGUAUUACUAAAAAAAAAAAAAAUGCCCUAUAGUCACCUGGACAAGGCUGGAAUGCGGUGUCACUGGCAUGAAUUAACUUCCACAGCUGCAUGUUUAAUUCUAAAGAUGCUUUCGAUGACCCACAAAAAUUUAUGCUGUGCUUAUUUUCCAAUUCUGUCAUCACCUUAACUCAAAACUCUCAAGAGCUUGGGUAAGAUGUUCUUAUUUUAAGUGAUGAGAACAGCAUACAAGAACCCCCCCCAAACUUUUGUUAAUGACAUCUGAAAGUGUCCUCUCUCCCAUAUAAAGCUUUAAAUUAUUUGCAAAUCCUAAUUAGGAAUAUGUCCUGUUCAUUCUACAAAUAAUUUUAAGUGAAAAAACUAUGCUAAGUUUACAGCUUCACCUACUUAUAAAUGCAGCCAGCAUUACAAAGAUUUUAGAACCCAAACAGAAUUUUCUGAUGGUUCAAAUUUUUGUAUUGAUCUUAAUUAGGAAUGCAGCCAUAGGGUUGCCAUAGGGAACGGUAACAACAUAUUUUUUGGGUUUUCUUUCUUUCUGCAGUACAUGACAGCUUUAUACAACACUAGAAAAACUGGGGCAAAAUCAGCCAUUUUCCUGUUUAUCCCAUUUCACAUAUAAUAAUAUAAUCACCAUCUUUGGCUUAUCAACUCUCUAGACAGUUUGUAGCAAAGAUAUUACUUGUUACAAAACAAAAAUACAUUUGCUACACAAAUUCUUUAAGUUUUUCCAUCAUUGAAAUUAGCACUGAACCUGAGCCCUUCUAAAAUACCUCACUUAACACACUUGAAGUUAACUCUAAGAAACAUGCCUUGGCUGCCAAGAACUAAGAAUUGGAACUAGAAUUAUCAAUUAAUGUAUUGCUGGCUGCUAUCACCACAGCACCAGUGAGCACUAAGUUGCUGUUUAAAAAUAUAAACAAGUGGAAAAGGUACAAAAAUUGAAUAGAAGAUGUUUGUGUAUUCUUAUUCUUCUAAUGCCUGUGUAGAGGAAAUGUGUUUGACAUGCAGACAACCAUUACGUUUUUGGAUAAGUUAUAGUAGAUUACAAGUCUCUCACCACAUUACAUCUGAGUGGGAUUUUGCAUGUACACAAGACAAACACCAUUUGGUCCCAGAAAUAUCAACUGCUGUUGGAUUAGUAGUACAUCUUUGAUUGAGUAUUUCAUCUUUCCAUCUUUUCAUCUGCUAAUCAUCUGAAAUAGGAGUUCAGCAGAACAGACCAAUUUUAUGUAGAAUUACAUCACAUUCACAUGGAUUCCCUGCUUAAAUAGUUCUUGCUCUGUCAUUUGCUUUUGCACUUUUUCCUAAUCAAAUUCACGUGGGAAAAUAUUCUGUUUGUAGAACUCCUAGUAUUCACUUACAGCGCUCGUGUCAGCACUCCAAGUAAAUUGAGAACUCUUAAUAAUGUGCUUUUGUUUGAACCUAAUGCAAAGAUUAUGAAACAUGUUCACUUCUUUCCUAUUUCUAAUCAGUUUGUAGACAUCUUGUCAAGACUAUUACUUACUUUGCAUGAGAUUUUAAGUUUCUUAUUAUUUGAAAAUGUGCUUUUAUACCACUUGAAUUAUUAGAAAAACCUGCUUGAAUGUACUGCCAGUUAUUAAAGCACAUGUGACUAAGUUUGCAUUUGUCAGUAUUGUUCUGCUGUUUGUACUGAAAGUCUCAUUUUAAAGUUGCUACUUAACACUGUACUAUACCUUGUAAUUUUUAGAUUCUUCACUUGUAUGCUUUAAAUGUUUCCAGAUGCCUUUAGUUUUAGCUGCUGUAAAAUAGCUACUUUGUGUUAUUUGAUAUAGAAUUGUUUAAAAAAAAACUCCAUUUAUUUAUACAGAGACAUUUAUAAUAUUUUACAAACAUUCUUAUAUUCUGAAUAAAUAUUUCUAAUUCCA